GGAGGAGCUGCCGACGGAGCCCGUGCCCUUCCACACGCGCCCCUUCUCGCACUAUGGCCAGGCCCUGUGCGUGGCCAUCCCGCAGCCCUGCCGCGCCGCCGAGCGCUUCCAGCUGCUGCUCACCUACCGCGUCGGAGAGGGACCCGGGGUUUGCUGGUUGACUCCCGAGCAGACAGCAGGAAAGAAGAAGCCCUUUGUCUACACCCAGGGGCAGGCUGUCCUAAACCGGGCCUUCUUCCCUUGCUUCGACACUCCUGCAGUGAAGUGCAGAUAUUCAGCACUCAUUGAGGUCCCAGAUGGCUACACAGCUGUGAUGAGUGCUAACACCUGGGAGAGGAGGGGGCCGAAUCAGUUCUUCUUCCAGAUGUGCCAGCCUAUCCCGUCCUAUCUGGUAGCUCUGGCUGUCGGAGACCUGGUUUCGGCUGAAGUUGGUCCCAGGAGCCGCGUGUGGGCUGAGCCCUGCCUGAUUGAGGCUGCCAGGAAGGAGUACGACGGGGUGAUUGAAGAGUUUUUGACCACAGGAGAGAAACUCUUCGGACCCUAUGUCUGGGGAAGGUAUGACUUGCUCUUCAUGCCCCCGUCCUUCCCUUUUGGAGGAAUGGAGAACCCCUGUCUGACCUUUGUCACUCCUUGCCUGCUGGCCGGGGACCGCUCCUUGGCUGACGUCAUCAUCCACGAGAUCUCGCACAGUUGGUUUGGGAACCUGGUCACUAAUGCCAACUGGGGCGAGUUCUGGCUCAAUGAGGGCUUCACCAUGUACGCCCAGCGGAGGAUCUCCACCAUCCUCUUCGGGGCUGCUUACACCUGCUUGGAGGCUGCCACCGGUCGGGCCCUGCUGCGGCAGCACAUGGACAUCACCGGGGAGGAGCACCCACUCAACAAGCUCCGUGUGAAGAUCGAGCCAGGUGUGGACCCAGACGAUACCUACAAUGAGACCCCCUAUGAGAAAGGGUUCUGCUUUGUCUCAUACCUGGCCCAUUUGGUGGGUGAUCAGGAUCAGUUUGACCAUUUUCUCAAGGCCUACGUGGACGAAUUUAAAUUCCAAAGUAUCUUGGCCGAUGACUUUCUCGAAUUCUACCUGGACUAUUUCCCUGAGCUGAAGAAGAGGAGAGUAGACUCCAUUCCAGGUUUUGAGUUUGAUCGAUGGCUGAAUACCCCUGGCUGGCCCCCCUACCUCCCUGAUCUCUCUCCCGGGGACUCACUUAUGAAGCCUGCUGAAGAACUGGCCCAGCUGUGGGCCACCGAGGACCUGGACAUGCAGGCCAUUGAAGGUGUGGCCAUCUCAACCUGGAAGACCUACCAGCUGGUCUACUUCCUUGAUAAAAUCCUCCAGAAAUCUCCCCUCCCUCCUGGGAAUGUGAAAAAGCUCGGAGAGACAUACCCAAGGAUCUCAAAUGCUCAGAACGCAGAGCUCCGGCUGCGAUGGGGCCAAAUCGUUCUUAAGAACGACCACCAGGAGGAUUUCUGGAAGGUGAAGGAGUUUCUGCACAGUCAGGGGAAGCAGAAGUACACCCUCCCGCUGUACCAUGCCAUGAUGGGUGGCAGUGAAGUGGCCCAGGCCCUCGCCAAGGAGACCUUCGCAUCCACUGCCUCCCAGCUCCACAGCAACGUCGUCAACUACGUCCGGCAGAUUGUGGCUCCCAGGGGCAGCUAGGGGCUCCGGCAGGGCUGCCCCAGACUGCAGGCGCUCGGGACACGUGUCCGCAAAGUCCAGCUCUCCAAGCCUCUUCCUGAAGUUUAUAUAUCCCUCCGGGAUAACCCGCUCUCUGGGCUUAGGUUUCUGUGGGUCUUGAACUCCGCUCCGGUGGGAAC